UCCACAAAUGUCAUCAUUAUCACCAUAUUCAACAUUACAUAAUCAAAUUAAUCAAUCACAAAAAUCAACAUUAUCAAAAUCAGAGAACAAGACUCAUACAGGUGAAUUCAAUCUAUCAUCAGCAUCAUCAUCGGAUGAUGAUGAAGAAUCCUCAUCUUCAUCAUCAUCAUCAUCCUCAUCAUCCGACGACGAUGAUGAUGAUGAGGAAGAAGAAAAAGAUUCUAAUGACAAUAGUUCUGGAGAAUCAGAAUCGGGCUCAAUGAAUCAUUCAAAAAGGAAUGAUAAUAAUAGAAAUGAAAAUGGCAAGAUACGACGACAAAAAUCACGUGAAUUUUUUAAUAAUUCUGAAAUUGUUGAUGCUCGAAUGAAAUUGAAACAAGGUGAUCAUCAUACGAUAAAUGAUUCACAUUCAUUUAUGAUGCACAAUCAAAAUAAUGAUGAUGAUGAAGAUGAAGAACAUAAAUGGGAUCUGGAUAAUUUUCUUCCUCCAGGUGAUUAUUCAUCAUCGAAUAAUAAUAAUAAUACGAAUACUUCAAAUAAAGAUACUCAAUCAUCCAAUAACAUCAAUAAUAAUAAUAAUAAUAGUAAUAGUCAAGAUUUAGUGAAUAAUAAUAAAAUUUCGAUACAAGAUUUAAAUCGAAAUAAAGCUUCAAUUUCAAAAAAUAAUCAUUUAAAGUCAAAGGGAAAAAAUUCUAGCUCAAAAAAUACCAAACAACAACAUUUGAAAAAUAUUAAUGACGCUAAAUCAACAAAAUUUGUUCUAUCUGAGAACGAUGAAUCGGAUGAUGAUCAUAGUUCAUCGUUUUCAAGGUCUGGGUCAAAAAAUUCUAUUCGUGAUGAUGAAGAUGAUGUUGAUUAUGAAUCGAAUGAUUCAUUCUCUGCUAAACAUUCGUCUAAUUGUCAAAAGCCGGAUGAAGAAAUGGAAGAAGGUGAAUUAGACGAUAAUAGCGAUGAAUUACCAACGCAUUCGAGGUCGAGAAAACCGCUUUCAAAGACUAAUCGAUCGGAAAAAUCUAAAAAGAAUGAUCGUUCAAAAAUAAAUCAUCAAGAUUAUCGAAUUCUGCCUUCAUCAAAGUCUUCACCAUUUCAGGAAGCUCCCACCACUACUAAAGCUUCAUCUAAUAAAAUCCACAAAAAGAAACAACCACCACCGUCCCCAUCGGCAAUGACCAUGAGUCAGCCAUCUUCGUUACAAACACCAACAAAAUUUAAUGAUGAAUUAAAAUCUAAUAAUCAGCAAAAAAAUCGACUAAAUGAUGAAAACAGCACAUGGAAAGAUGUUAAAAGAAGAAAGGAACGAUUCAUAUCUAAUUCUUCUGCACAGGCACCACCACUCACCAAAUCAUCCCGUAUAGCCGAUAACAGUAAUAUUGCAUCAACGACUAGUCAUCAUACAAAUGAAUCGAGAAUUGAGUCGAAAAAUUCAACGUCUAAUCGAUUAUCGUCGAUACCGAAUAAUAAAAAACUUUCAUCAAAAAUUUCCGGCCGAUAUUCUCCUCAUUUAAUCGGUACAAAUAAAAAAGAUCCGUCUGAUUCAAAUUCAUAUACACGAAAAGUAGAUCUUGUCUCUGGUACAAAUUCUGAAAAUCAUUCUGGCCAACAAUCACUUAUCGUAUCGAUAGAGCUACCUAAAUUGAAUCGCAUACCACAUAUUGAUCGUAAUGGCAAUAUUCCUCUUGAUCGACGAUCAUCAUCACCAAUACCACCUUUAUCGAGAAAUUCUAAAUCAGACUCGAAAAAAAGUUCACAACAAAAAGAUUUUCAAAAAUCUUCACGAACCGAUAAUGAAAAAUUUCUUAAUGUUAAUGGUAAAUCUGCUAUUGGUAGUGGUUCCAUGUUAAAAACGAGUUCAACCAACAAUAAAAUCAGUACGUCAAAUAAAAUUUCUGAAACAAUAGUAAGCAAACAUAACAAAUCGGAUAUUCCAUUAGAGCAUCAGACAGGGCGACAACAAAGUUCGCGACAAUAUGGCCAACAAUUGCAGGUACCUUCACCACAGCCAGCAUCAUUACCUGUAUCAAUACCAAUAAAUAAUAUUAAUUCAUUGUCAAUACGAACAUCGCCACAUAUUAAUCAUCAUUAUUCAUCUCAACGAUUUUCACCUUUAUGUCAAACAGAACAAGAAGCACAAACAAUGGCACGUACAUUGAAACGUAAAGCGGAUUCAAUAAAAAUUCCUCAACAACAAAUUCUACAAUAUAUUGAAGCAUCAAUGUAUUUUAUUCAGUCUGGAUUAAUCAUGGAACAAAAAUCCGAGGUAGACAAAGCUUAUCAAUUAUAUCGUGAUACAUUACAAUUGAUCAAAGUAGCUACAGCUAAAUUAUCGAAACAAAAUCGUCCAUCAUUAUUAAUGGCCAAUCAAGAACAGGCACAAUUGAUUGAUCUCAAAUUAACCAUAUUAUCGUAUCGUUGUCAAGCAUUGCUCAAUUCACGUUUAACACGAAUGCGUUAUCGAGAGAUACAUGAGAAUAAAGAAACGAUUGGACAAUUCUUUAAAACACAUGAAAAAAUUCUCAGUUCAUGUCAGAAUCCACCUAGUUCAAAUGCAUCAUCAUCAGCAGCAACGAUGUCCGUACCGGUACAAAUGAUGAAUUUUAUUUCACGGCAACUUUUUCUAUUGCAACAAUCAUAUUCGGCCAAUGAUUUAUGGAUCAAAUCAGAAUCAAUGAUCGAAUCAAAUCCUUUUUGUAAGGAAUUUUUUCAACAAAUUGAUCAUGAAACUGGCUUACAAUUAAGUAGCUCAUUAGAACAGCUUAUACAUCAUACAUUGAAAGGAGUGAAAAAUAUACAGACAAGUUUGGCUCCAUUACUAGUCAACAGCAAUUCAAAUAUCAAUAAUAAUGCAUUGGAUAAUAAUAAUCAAACCGGAUCAUCAUUGCCGAUUAAACGUGAAUGAUAAUCACAGUAAAUUACUCUAUUUCUGUCUCAUAAAUUAUAAUGACUAUGACUAUAUACAUACAGUACAAUUAUGUUUGAUGAAGAAAUCAUUUCUUAUGUUCGAUUUUUUCACUGUUUUUAUUUUGCAUGGUCAAAAUCAUAAAAAUACCUCGCAAUACCUACUAAUAAAAAAAAAUGGCAUGAUACACAUAGCAUUUUAUAUUAAUCAAAUUCAUCCGAAUUGAAUGUUGUUAUUUGUUUACCAUGAUAAUGAUAAUGAUAAUGAUGGCAAAUUUUAUUGUUGAUUUAUUCAUCCGGAUUUUUUUUUUCAUUCUUUCUUUAUCAACAUUUAAAAUUAUAUAAAUUUGUCACUUCAUACACACAUAUUUUUUUCUAUUUAUUAUAUAUAUAUUUUGUUUAAUUCAAAAUAAUUAUUGUUUCUCGACACACGCAUACACACACACACCCACAUUAUUGUCAACAUUAUACACUAUUGACGAUUUAAUCAUCAAUUUUGAUUAUUAUUCCCAGAAAUGCCUCUACAAAUAUAAAGAAUUAUCAUUA